AACAUGUCUGGACGUGGAAAACAAGGAGGCAAAGCCCGCGCUAAGGCUAAGACGCGGUCCUCGAGAGCUGGACUCCAGUUUCCAGUGGGUAGAGUUCAUCGUCUACUCCGCAAGGGGAACUAUUCUGAGCGGGUCGGGGCCGGCGCGCCGGUGUACCUGGCGGCGGUGCUGGAGUACCUGACAGCCGAGAUCCUGGAGCUGGCGGGCAACGCGGCCCGCGACAACAAGAAGACGCGCAUCAUCCCGCGCCACCUGCAGCUGGCCAUCCGCAACGACGAGGAGCUCAACAAGCUGCUGGGGCGCGUGACCAUCGCGCAGGGCGGUGUGCUGCCAAAUAUCCAGGCGGUGCUGCUGCCCAAGAAGACCGAGAGUCACCACAAGGCUAAGGGCAAGUGAAGCUUUUAAGCAGCCCUCCAGUUCACGAAAUCAAAGGCUCUUUUCAGAGCCACCCACUUAUUAUGGAAAGCGCUGCAAUACUUAUGUCAGGGAUACAUUUUUAGAUUUCAAGAAGUUUCAUUUGCCUGUUAGUCAUACUAGCCUGUCCGUAAGAUUUUUUUUGUUUAAAAAUGGACAAUUGGUGCUCCCAUCCUUGCCGCAAAGAAGUCGCUUCACUUUCUAAGCUGUUGUUCACAUACGCACUGUAAAAUGUUUGAAAACCUUCUGAAACGAUUUCGGGCGUCCUCAAGAAAACAAUAGAUUUAUAGACCCACAAAAAAUCUGUUGGAGUUGCAAUUCUGUGUCAGGUCAUAACUUAGGGCUGUAGGCUAUGUAAAUGACAGAAUGGUAGGAAUCGAGACCAUAAUGUCAAUUUGGUGACAGGUUGUCUUGUGUAUAUGUCCACUGUGUAUAUACAUAU